AUGGACCCUGCUGGGAUCACCCCUGGUGAAGGGAUAGAACUAUCAAAAGUUACAACACAAUUGAGCGCCGAAGAGAAAACAUUGGCGGACUCCGAAAGGGAAAAGGGAGGAAGCGCACCGGUCUCGUCAUCCAGCAAUACAGCAUCGGACCAAAAGAAUGGCAAUAAAAAAUCAACUGGGGAAAAAGCUACAGCGGCAGGCGCGGAAAUAUCACCAUCAGAGAGCGCCGAUUCUUCUGAGCUCAAUGCCGUGUUGAAAGAGCUCCCGGAAGAUGAGAGACGUAUUAUUCAGGCGCAGCUGCAUUCUCCAACCGUGCAGGUCAACUUUUUCAGCCUGUUCAGAUAUGCGACUGCUCAUGAUUUUAUGAUUAUCGCUAUCAGCAUCAUUUGUGCCAUUGCUGGAGGUGCUGCUCUGCCAUUGUUUACUAUCCUUUUCGGACAACUGGCAAGCGAUUUCCAAGGUGUCUAUCUAAAUACACUCGACUACGAAGACUUUCACCAUGAACUUGUCAAGAACGUACUUUACUUUGUCUACAUCGGGAUUGGCGAAUUCGUGACCAUCUAUAUCGCCACCGUCGGAUUCAUAUAUACCGGAGAGCACAUCACUCAAAAGAUCCGCCAAGCUUAUUUGCAAGCGAUCAUGAGGCAGAACAUUGGCUAUUUUGAUAAUAUUGGCGCUGGCGAGAUCACUACUCGUAUCACAGCCGACACCAAUCUUAUACAAGAUGGUAUUUCCGAAAAGGUGGCUUUGGUCAUUACAGCAUUGGCUACCUUUGUCACUGCAUUUGUUAUUGCAUACAUCAAGUACUGGAAACUGGCGCUCAUCUGCUCGUCGAGUAUAAUUGCUCUCACUUUGAUCAUGGGCGGCGGUUCGCGGUUCAUUAUCAAGUUCAGCAAACUGUCCUUGGAAAGCUACGCACAAGGAGGAACUUUGGCAGAGGAGGUUAUCAGCUCUAUUCGUACCGCUACAGCUUUUGGUACGCAGGAAAGACUCGCCAAGCAAUAUGACAAACACCUUGACAAGGCUGAGUAUUGGGGCAUCAAGCUGCAGAUGAUCUUUGCUGUCAUGCUAGGUGGAAUGUUCUGCAUCAUGUACUUGAAUACGGGUCUAGGGUUCUGGAUGGGUUCUCGCUUUAUCGUAGAUGGAGAAAUUGGAGUUGGUCAGGUCCUGACAGUGUUAAUGGCUACGAUCAUGUCGUCAUUCAGUCUGGGAAACGUUGCGCCCCAUGCUCAGGCUUUUACAAGCGCUGUUGCUGCUGCCGCUAAGAUUUACAGCACUAUCGAUCGAGUCUCUCCUCUUGAUCCGACUUCCGAAGAGGGGCGCAAGCUGGAUGGAGUUGAAGGCAGCAUUGAGCUGCGCAACGUGAGCCAUCGGUACCCUUCGCGACCAGAUGUGCCUGUUAUGAAAGAUGUCAGUCUGUUCAUUCCCGCUGGAAAGACUACUGCUUUGGUCGGUCCUUCGGGCUCAGGAAAGAGUACGAUUAUCGGCUUGGUUGAACGUUUCUACAAUCCAGUCCGUGGACAAGUUCUUCUAGACGGUCAAGACAUUCAAUCUCUUAAUCUUCGGUGGCUUCGCCAACAUAUCUCGCUCGUCAGCCAAGAACCGAUUCUUUUUGCCACGACUAUCUUUGAGAAUGUCAGAUACGGCUUKCUCGGUACUGAAUUCAUCAACGAGAGCGAAGAGAAAUUGCGAGAGCGCAUUGAACAGGCUUUGGAAAUGGCCAAUGCUCUUGAUUUUGUGAAUGCUCUCCCUGAAGGUAUACAUACUCAUGUUGGUGAGCGAGGUUUCCUGCUCUCUGGCGGUCAGAAACAACGUAUUGCUAUCGCCCGUGCUGUUGUCAGCGAUCCCAAGAUUCUUCUCCUCGAUGAAGCUACCUCAGCCCUUGACACCAAGUCUGAAGGAGUCGUCCAAGCAGCUUUGGACAAAGCUGCUGAAGGUCGAACAACAAUCGUUAUUGCACAUCGACUGUCCACAAUCAAGACAGCCCACAACAUUGUUGUGCUGGUGGAUGGCAGCAUCCAGGAACAAGGCACUCACGAUCAACUAUUAGACUCUCAAGGUGCUUACUACAGACUGGUGGAAGCACAACGCAUCAACGAAGCUAAAGAAGCCGGAGCUCUUUCAACGGAGGAUGCUGAAGAAGAAGCUGCCAUUGAAGAAGAGAAAGAAAUUGAGCGCACGACAUCCCGCAUCAGAAUGUCUCGCACACUGAGCUCCGUAGCGUCUGGGAUGAAAGCAGGCCUGGAAAAGGAGGUUACUCGCAGAUCAAUUUCCAGCAUCGUUCAGUCCAAGAAAGAGCAGAGCAAAGAAUCUCAUUACUCGCUGUGGACACUUAUCAAAUUCAUCUACUCAUUCAACAAGAAGGAAACUCCCUACAUGCUCGUCGGUUUUAUUUUUGCGUGUCUCGCAGGUGGUGCUCAGCCUACUCAAUCGGUCCUCUACUCCAAAUCUAUCAUUACUAUCUCACAACCCCCGAGCAAUUAUGGACAGUUGAAACAUGAUGCUAGCUUCUGGUCUCUCAUGUUCCUUAUGCUCGGUCUUGUUCAGCUUCUGGUACAUUCCACGCAAGGUAUUAUGUUUGCAUACAGCUCGGAGAAGCUGAUUCGCCGAGCACGUAGCCAGGCUUUCAGAACAAUGCUGCGUCAAGAUAUUAGUUUUUUCGAUAACGACGCGAAUAGCACCGGUGCCUUGACCUCAUUCCUAUCGACAGAGACAAAGCACUUGUCUGGAAUCAGUGGUGCCAAUCUCGGAACACUUCUCAAUGUGACGACGACUCUGGCCGCUUGCUGUGUUAUUGCUCUGGCUGUUGGUUGGAAGCUUGCCUUGGUCUGUAUAUCUACUAUUCCGGCAUUGCUGGCCUGUGGAUAUUGGCGUUUCUCCGUGCUUGCACAGUUCCAAGCUCGGUCGAAGAAAGCGUACGAGAACUCGGCUAGUUAUGCCUGCGAAGCUACCUCUGCCAUUCGCACUGUUGCCUCGUUGACUCGUGAAGAAGACGUUCUAGAUACUUAUCGAAAGCAAUUAGAAGCGCAGACAAGGAAGAGUCUAUUCUCGGUCGCACGCACAUCCAUACUGUAUGCCGCUUCUCAAGCUUUAUCAUUCUUCUGUAUGGCCUUGGGUUUCUGGUACGGUGGAGAACUCUUUGGGAAGCACCAGUACACCAUGUUUCAAUUCUUCCUUUGCUUUACGCAGGUCAUCUUUGGAGCACAAUCCGCCGGCAGUAUCUUUGCCUUUGCGCCUGAUAUGGGCAACUCCAAAAACGCCGCUGCUGACUUCAAGAAAUUGUUCGACCGUCGCCCAGCUAUUGAUGUUUGGUCAGAGGAUGGCCAGGCACUGGACACUGCCGAGGGCACAGUCGAGUUCCGAGACGUUCACUUCCGCUACCCAACUCGUCCCGAACAGCCUGUACUGCGGGGAUUGGAUCUGAUUGUCAAGCCGGGUCAAUACGUCGCUCUUGUCGGCGCCAGUGGAUGCGGAAAGAGUACGACUAUUGCUCUUUUGGAGCGAUUCUAUGACCCGAUUUCCGGUGGCGUGUACAUUGACGGUCAGAACAUUGCUAAUCUGAACGUCAACUCGUAUCGACAGCACUUGGCUCUGGUGAGUCAGGAACCGACUCUGUACCAAGGUACGGUCCGCGAGAAUAUUCUGCUAGGAAGCAAUGCGACGGAUAUAUCGGAGGAGACUAUCAUCAAUGCCUGCAAGAACGCCAACAUUUACGACUUCAUCUUAUCUUUGCCAGAUGGUUUCGACACAGUCGUCGGCAGCAAAGGAGGCAUGCUCUCCGGCGGUCAAAAACAGCGUGUCGCAAUCGCGCGCGCAUUACUCCGUGACCCCAAGAUUUUACUUCUUGACGAAGCCACAUCAGCCCUUGACUCUGAAUCUGAGAAGGUCGUACAGGCCGCGCUAGAUGCCGCUGCUCGUGGCCGAACCACGAUCGCGGUCGCGCACAGAUUGAGUACUAUUCAAAAGGCAGACAUCAUCUAUGUCUUUGACCAGGGCAGGAUUGUCGAGAGUGGAAAUCACCAGGAAUUGAUUCGGAAUAAGGGGAGAUAUUACGAGCUUGUGAAUUUGCAGAGUUUGGGCAAGACUCAUUAA